GCAAGGAGCCUUCGGUGAGACAGCUGGCCUUACUCCACUUCAGGAAUAUCAUCACCCUCAACAUCAAACUGGAGGAUGCCCUCUGCAGACCGCGUGCACGAGUACCCCCCUCUAUCCACAGAUGAUGCUCAUCCUACAGGGCGUGCAUGAAUCUAAGGGAGUGACAGAUGACUACCUGAAGCUGGAGUGUCUGGUCCAGAGGGUGGUCUCUCCCUACCUGGGCAGUCAUGGCCUCUACUCACACGACGGAUCCGUCUCACACUGCUCCUGUGUGCUAGAGAAGCGCCUGCAGCGUCGUUGGCCCAAGUCGUUGUCCGACCCCCCCGCUAAGAACCCGGUGGUACGCUCCAAGAGCUACAACAUCCCCAUGCUGACGCCGGUGGCAGAGUACGACCCCGAGAUCGGGCUGGGUGCAGGGGGCAGCCUCGGGCUGCGCCGCCACUCCAUCGGCGAGAUGACCUGCUGCCUGGAGGAGCCCAGCGGUCAGGCCUCGGAGCCGGGUGCCCUGCUCCGCUCCGACCACUCGCCGAGCGUCCAGCGGCGGGGAGCCAACGACAGCGCCAAUUCCCCGUCCCCCUCCCUCCUGCCCGAUCACUCGCCCCCCCGCCUCUCAGGGUCCGGCUCGUUCCGUCUGACCAGUAUGGGGCAGCGCUCUCCAGUGCUGUCCAAGGAGACGCCGCCGUCUUGCGCCAGCAUCUCGUCCAGCCCCGAGACCAUCGUGGACCAGAUCCUGGAGUCCAUGGACUCGGACCCCGAGGGCAUCUUCAUCGACUUCCAGCGCUGCUCGAGUUCCUCCAGCUUCGGCCACGAGGGCCGCCAGAGCGUGGUGUAGCCACCGCUAGCUGCUACCUAUUAACGCCACACUCAGAGCGUGGUGUAGCCACCGCUAGCUGCUAGCUAUUAACGCCACACUCAGAGCGUGGUGUAGCCACCGUUAGCUGCUACCUAUUAUCGCCACACUCAGAGCGUGGUGUACCCACCGCUAGCUGCUACCUAUUAUCGCCACACUCAGAGCGUGGUGUAGCCACCGCUAGCUGCUACCUAUUAACGCCACACUCAGAGCGUGGUGUAGCCACCGCUAGCUGCUAGCUGUUAGCACCACACUCAGAGAUGGUGUAGCCACCGCUAGCUGCUAGCUGUUAGCACCACACUGAGAGAUGGUGUAGCCACCGCUAGUUGUAUGCGCCAUACUCAGAGAUGGUGUAGCCACCACUAGCCGCUAGCCUUUAGUACCCGACCAAAGAUAACGUAGCCACAGCUAUCCACUAGCUAUUAGAGACACACUCAGAGAUGAUGUAGCCUCUGCUUGCUGAUAGCUGUUAGCACCACACGCUGAGACGAUGUAGCCACAGCUGCUAACUGCUUACCUUUAACGCCACACACAGAGAUGGUGUAGCCACUGCUACCCAUUAGUGCUGCACUCAGAUAUGGUGUAGCCACAGCUGCUAACUGCUAGGCUUUAGCAUCACACUCAGAAAUAUUGUAGCUACCACAGUUAGCUGCUGGCAGUUACCCCCACACUCAGAAAUAUUGUAGCUACCACAGCUGCUGGCAGUUACCCCCACACUCAGAAAUGGUGUGGCCACAACUGCUAUCUACUAGGUUCUAGUAUGCUGUAGCCUCAACUGCUAAUUCUUAUUGUUUAGUGCUUCACUCAGACAUGACAUUCUCACAUAACGCAACUCAAACUGUUAGCAGCUAGCGUGCGGCACAGCAUCCUGCUGUGUGGUGCAGCAGACGUAGGGUGGCUUCCUUUCACUUGCUGCUGAACACUAGACGCUUGCUCUCUACUGGGAAGCACUCACCUCUAGUGCUUCUCUUUUCUAGAACUUUCUAUUUUCCUAAAAUGUUUUUUUCCUGCUCUUUGUGUAUGUGAUGUGAGUACUUCAGAGCACGAGAUUCUUCAUGAGCAGUCUCUCUUUUGGUGCAGCCUUAUAACGCACUCCAAACCAUAGACUGUAUAAAAUAGCUCCAAUCCCUCCAUGGUGAACUUGGCCACAACCAUAUGGCUGUAUGGUGAUGGGGUUCUACAGAAUGUGAUGGCUGUAUGGUGAUGGGGUUCUAUAGAACGUGAUGGCUGUAUGGUGAUGGGGUUCUAUAGAACGAUGGCUGUAUGGCGAUGGGGUUCUACUUCUAUAGAAUGGAUGGCUGUUGGCCUAUAGAAUGCAUAGCCAUAUAUGGGUAUGUUACCUGGGGUGCAUCAGAAACAUUAGAAGACCUUGUAAGACCACAAUGUCCAGUUCUAUAAAGACUUUGGACCAAAAACACUGCAAAAACACAUAGGACUAAGUAAUACCGUAGUCUCCAGUUGGCUAUUCUAGAAAACCCUAUAGGCCUAUUGGGCUGAACCACUUCACCAUCACAGGGGAAAACCCCUAUAGGCCUAUUGGGCUGAACCACUUCACCAUCACAGGGGAACACCUGUCACUCUUCUGUCAUGCUAUCACUGUCUCUAGUCUUUAAUACAACAUAAUUAAAAACAUUUCUCUCAAAUGUACUAUUUAAUUCUGUCUUAUUUGUUUGAAGGAUUUUUUUUUGUAGAUUAUACAGCCUAUGUCUAAUCACCAUGACGAAGUGACUGUUAUAUGACAAACAUGGCAGAUUAUAAUUAAUCUCAAAGCCUUGGUUAUGAUUUUAUAGAUUUUGUUAAUUUUUGUAAAAAGGGAAAUAUGGUUGUGUUUUAAUCCUGGUUGUGUUUAUAAUAAUCUUAGUUUUCAAAUCACAGGAAGAUAGCAGUAGAGUAUGCCAAUGCUAACAUGUUCUAUUUGUACUGUGUGUUUGUAUUGACACGGAUAAUAUUAAACAAAUGGCUCUUUA